GCAGCGACGGGCCUAGCAGCCCGAGAACCGAACUCCGUGCGCAUGCGCAAGUCCCUGAGGCGCCUGGGGGAGGGGUGGGAGGAAGGGGUGCGGCUCCGCGUGCCCGUUGGGCGCCCGCGCAUCACGUGGUGAGAAAGGAGGCGGAGGUCCGGGGCUCGGGGGAGGGGGAAAAAGAAGAGGGAAGGAGCGAGGGUAGGGAAGCGGGGAAGGGAGGAAGGAAACGAACGAGGGGGAGGGAGGUCCCUGUUUUGGAGGCGCUGGGAGCCUUGCCGGCCCCUGAAGUGGAGCGAGAGGGAGGUGCUUCGCUGUUUCUCCUGCCGGGGGAGGUCCCGGCUUCCCGUGGAGGCUCCGGACCAAGCCCCUUAGCGUCUCCCUCCGGAUCGAUGUGCUGCUGUUAACCCGUGAGGAGGCGGUAGCGGCGGCGGCAGCGGAAGAUGGUGUUGCUGAGAGUGUUAAUUCUGCUCCUCUCCUGGGUGCCGGGGCUGGGAGGUCAGUAUGGAAAUCCUUUAAAUAAAUAUAUUAGACAUUAUGAAGGAUUAUCUUAUGAUGUGGAUUCAUUACACCAAAAACACCAGCGUGCCAAAAGAGCAGUUUCACACGAGGACCAGUUUUUACGCCUAAAUUUCCAUGCCCACGGAAGACAGUUCAACCUACGAAUGAAGAGGGAUACUUCCCUUUUCAGUGAUGAAUUUAAAGUAGAAACAUCAAAUAAAGUACUUGAUUAUGAUACCUCUCAUAUUUACACUGGACAUAUUUUUGGUGAAGAAGGAAGUUUUAGCCAUGGGUCUGUUACUGAUGGAAGAUUUGAAGGAUUUAUCCAGACUCUUGGUGGCACAUUUUAUGUUGAGCCAGCAGAGAGAUAUAUUAAAGACCGAACUUUGCCAUUUCACUCUGUCAUUUAUCAUGAAGAUGAUAUUAACUAUCCCCAUAAAUAUGGUCCUCAAGGGGGCUGUGCUGAUCAUUCAGUAUUUGAAAGGAUGAGGAAAUACCAGUUGACAGGUGUAGAGGAAGCGACACAGAAACCUGAAGAAGAACAUGCUAUCAAUGGGCCAGAACUCCUGAGGAAAAAACGUACAACAUCAGCUGAAAGAAAUACUUGCCAACUUUUUAUUCAGACUGAUCAUCUGUUCUUUAAAUAUUAUGGAACACGGGAAGCUGUGAUUGCUCAGAUAUCCAGUCAUGUAAAAGCGAUUGAUACCAUUUACCAGACUACAGACUUCUCUGGAAUCCGUAACAUCAAAUUCAUGGUGAAACGAAUAAGAAUCAAUACAACUGCUGAUGAGAAGGACUCUACAAACCCUUUCAGAUUCCCAAAUAUUGGUGUGGAGAAGUUUUUGGAAUUGAAUUCUGAGCAGAAUCAUGAUGACUACUGUUUGGCCUAUGUCUUCACAGACCGAGAUUUUGAUGAUGGCGUUCUUGGUCUGGCUUGGGUUGGAGCACCUUCAGGAAGCUCUGGAGGAAUAUGUGAAAAAAGUAAGCUUUAUUCAGAUGGUAAGAAGAAGUCCUUAAACACUGGAAUAAUUACUGUUCAGAACUACGGAUCUCAUGUACCUCCUAAAGUCUCUCACAUUACUUUUGCUCAUGAAGUUGGACACAACUUUGGAUCUCCACAUGACUCUGGAACAGAGUGCACUCCUGGAGAAUCUAAGAAUUUAGGACAAAAAGAAAAUGGCAAUUAUAUCAUGUAUGCAAGAGCAACAUCAGGGGACAAACUUAACAACAAUAAAUUCUCACUCUGUAGUAUUAGAAAUAUAAGCCAAGUUCUUGAGAAGAAGAGAAACAACUGUUUUGUCGAAUCUGGCCUACCUAUUUGUGGAAAUGGAAUGGUGGAACAAGGUGAACAGUGUGACUGUGGGUACAGUGACCAGUGUAAAGAUGAAUGCUGUUACGAUGCAAACCAAUCAGAAGGGAAAAAAUGCAAGCUGAAACCUGGAAAACAGUGCAGUCCAAGUCAAGGUCCUUGUUGUACAGCACAGUGUGCAUUCAAGUCCAAGUAUGAGAAGUGUCGGGAUGAUUCAGACUGUGCAAAGGAAGGAAUGUGUAAUGGUUUCACAGCUCUUUGCCCACCAUCUAAUCCUAAGCCAAACUUUACAGAUUGUAAUAGACAGACACAAGUGUGCAUUAAUGGGCAAUGUGCAGGUUCUAUCUGUGAGAAACAUGGCCUGGAGGAGUGUACCUGUGCCAGCUCUGAUGGCAAAGAUGAUAAAGAAUUAUGCCAUGUUUGCUGUAUGAAGAAAAUGGAACCAUCAACUUGUGCCAGUACAGGGUCUGUGCAGUGGAAUAAACAGUUCCAUGGUCAAACCAUCACCCUGCAACCUGGAUCCCCUUGCAAUGAUUUUAGAGGCUACUGUGACGUUUUCAUGCGGUGCAGAUUAGUAGAUGCCGACGGUCCUUUAGCUAGGCUUAAAAAAGCAAUUUUUAGCCCAGAGCUCUAUGAAAACAUUGCUGAAUGGAUUGUGGCUCAUUGGUGGGCAGUAUUACUUAUGGGAAUUGCCUUGAUCAUGUUAAUGGCUGGAUUCAUAAAAAUUUGCAGUGUUCAUACUCCAAGUAGUAAUCCAAAGUUGCCUCCUCCUAAACCACUUCCAGGCACUUUAAAGAGGAGGAGACCCCCACAGCCCAUUCAGCAACCCCAGCGUCAGAGGCCCCGGGAGAGUUACCAAAUGGGACACAUGAGACGUUAACUGCAGCUUUUGCCUUGGUUCUUCCUAGUGCCUACAAUGGGAAAACUUCACUCCAAAGAGAAACCUAUUAAGUCAUCAUCCCCAAGCUAAACCCUCACAAAUAACAGUCGAAGGAAAAAUGGCAAGAAAUCAUGUCCUCAGACCAGGUGGAAUUACUUAAAGCCUGAAAAUUCCAAUUUGGGGGUGGGAGGUGGAAAAGGAACCCAAUUUUCUUAUGGACAGAUAUUUUUAACCUAAUGGCACAAAGUCUUAGGAUAUUAUUAUGUGCCCCAUGUUCCCUGUUCUUCGUUGCUGCAUUUUCUUCACUUGCAGGCAAACUUGGCUCUCGAUAAACUUUUAUCACAAAUUGAAAUAUAUAUAUAUAUUUUUUUCAAUUGCCAAUGAAGGCUAGGAGGCUCGACCCCCUCAACAUUGGAGACAUCACUUGCCAAUGUACAUACCUUGUUAUAUGCAGACAUGUAUUUCUUACGUACACUGUACUUCUGUGUGCAAUUGUAAACAGAAAUUGCAAUAUGGAUGUUUCUUUGUAUUAUAAAAUUUUUCCGCUCUUAAUGAAAAAUUACUGUUUAAUUGACAUACUCAGGAUAACAGAGAAUGGUGGUAUUCAAUGGUCCAGGAUUCUGUAAUGCUUUACACAGGCAGUUUGAAAUGAGAAUCAGUUUUCCUUUUUCUUACUAUGGAGUUGGGUCUGAUAUUCAUUUUAUUUUUAUCAAAUAGCUGCUAAGAAGAGCACACAUGAGUUACUAUGCUGAAGAACGCAGUUAAGAAAUGUGCAAACUGGACAUAUGCAGCAUACGACUUCAGAGUUCUUUAUGUAAAUGUCUGGUUUCUGCUUACCUAUUUUACACUUUCUAAUUCAAUUCCAUUGUUUGAAUUGAUAGAGGAAAUGUCCAUGCUUUGGUAGAAAUUGUGUCCAUGAAAUGAUGUUUUUCUUUUAUAGCCUGCUUAUUUGUGUUUUCCAUAUAUCUAAAGUAUGCUAAUUAUGUUUUGUUUCUAUCUGACAUGGAAAAGAAAAGCAGUGUCUAUUGUAUCAAAAGAUUUGAACAGGUUUUUCAGCCAUUGAUUAUUGGUAACCACUAAAGGAGUAAUUUGCUCAACUAGUAGUUAAAAUUGUAGAUAGGCCUUCUGACUUUUUUCCCCCUAAAAUACUUUACCAACAAUGAAGGUGAAACAGCACAAUGUCCCAUCCCAAAUUUAUUUUUUAAACAGGUGUAAAUAAUUGGCAUCUUAAGAAAGAAAGCAAAAGCAUGUAAUGUAUUAACAGGCUUAUUGCUAUGCAGGAAAUGGAAGGGGCAUUAAAAAAAACUAAGCUUGUGACAUAUUUAUUGCUUCUGUUUUCCAACGACAUCACUUAAAUUAGAAGUAAACAGCUGUGAUUUUCCUGGCUUCACAUAGGAGGCAAAUUUAGGGAAAGUUGAAAAGAUUUCUGUGUUUGGGCUUUUUUUUUAUUUUCCUUUUUUUUCUUAAGAGUAUAAGGUUUACACAAUCAUUCUCAUAAUGUGACGCAAGCCAGCAAGGCCAAAAAUGCUAGAGAAAAUAAUGGGAUCUCUUCCUUGUAAACUUGUACAGUAUGUGGUGACUUUUUUCAAAAUACAGCUUUUUGUACAUGAUUUAGAGACAAAUUUUGUACAUGAAAUCCCAGAUAGACUAUAAAUAAUUCUAAACAAACAAGUAGGUAUCUAUGUAUGUAAUUACUUUUAAAUCAUUUAAAUGCCUUUGUUUUUGGACUGUGCAAAGGUUGGAAGUGGGUUUGCAUUUCUAAAAUGGUGACUUAUAUUCUGCAAGAGUUCUUAGUAACUUCUUGAGUGUGGUAGACUUUGGAACUUGUACAUUUUUUGCUUGUAAUGUUAUCCUGUGGUAGGAUUUUGGCAGGUACACACUGCCCUAUUUUAUUUUGAGUCUAAGUUAAAUGUUUUCUGAAAAGAGAUAUGUGCACUGAACUCGUUCCACUGCAAAUCAUGAUGUGGUAAAACAAAAGGAUCAAGACAAAUGAGCUCUAAUACUACUGUCAGUUUAAUGUCCACUGUGUUUUAUACAGUAUCUUUUGUUCACUUUGGAAAUUUUUACUAAAAAUUGCAAAAAAUAAAAGUAAUGUGCAAAGAUGUAAGGAUUUUUGAAACUUGAAAUGCAUUAAUAAAUAGACUUGAUGAAAUCAACUUUAAGGUUCCAUACUCUUUGAACUCUGAAAACUAUCAUAAGAAGCUGCCCACAGGCAACUGUUCCAUACUAAAUGAACAAGAUAGUUAAGCAGAUAAAGCAUUGUCUAUUCCUACUGAAGAAUCCCUGUCAAUUCUUUGUUUGAAAUCCUAUGUAGAAAAUACAUCCUUAGCUAUCUCUUUAAAUACAAAAGAACAUUUUUAAA